UGUUGGCACAGCGGCACUGAGAGGGAGAGAGAGAGAGAGGAGCGAGAGAGAGAGAGAAUCCGAUGAGCCUUUUUCUGCACAUCACUUUGUAAAUUUGCGCUCGUGUCGUCCUGCUUGAAGCGGUGCUCACCUGCCAGACUGUGUGGCUGCCGGCGGCGCAGCAGCAGAUUUUAAUAGGAUAAUCCGACUAAUUGGCUCCUCUGAUAGAGCCCCUCAUUGAUUUUUCUCGACCAUUUCCCUCAUCACUGUCAUGCUUUUCUCCGUUUUCUCCUGUCCCGCUGUUUCAAAGUGACCGGCUGCAGGUGUCUCUCUGCUCCGAUUUGCGCCAGCCGAUGCUGGCAAUAUGUAAUUUUGGGAUAGACGCUGCGUUUUUUCUUUGGAGAAGUGGACUAUUUCGAAGCAGGGACCCUCUCGUGUUUUUUUAAAUUUAUUUCUUUAUUUUUUAAGCGCUACUGCUUUACUCCUUAGAACAGAACUGAUCCUGGUACACCGUAAUGGUGGGGGGCGAUCACAUCUGACAGCAGAGAACCCGCUAUCAUCCGGAAACUGCUCGUGGGACUGGUAAAAAAUGAAAGCUCCCAUUCCUCUUGUGAUCCUGCUUCAUGCCGUUGUGGUCCAUUCCCUGAAAGUGGUGUCGAAGAGAGGCUCAGUGGAAGGCUGCACGGAUUGGUCGGUGGACUACCUGAAAUAUAAGGUGCUACUGGGGGAACCCGUGCGGAUUAAGUGCGCUUUGUUCUAUGGAUAUAUCCGGGCCAACUACACCCAUGCGCAGAGCGCGGGGCUCAGCCUCAUGUGGUACAAGAGCGCGGGCCACGGGGACUUCGAGGAGCCCAUCAGCUUCGACGGCGCGAGGAUGAGCAAGGAGGAGGACGCCAUAUGGUUUCGACCGGCGGAGUUGGACGACGUGGGGUACUACUCCUGCGUGCUACGGAACUCCACAUACUGCAUGAAGGUGUCCAUGUCUCUCACAGUGGCGGAGAAUGACACAGACCUUUGCUACAACUCCAAAAUGAGGUUCUUUGAAAAGGCAGAACUAAGCAAAAGCAAAGACAUCACAUGCCCAGGAAUUGAGGAUUAUCUGCAGCCUGGAGGGGGACCUGAGAUUGUGUGGUACAAGGAAUGCAAGCCAAAGCAGUGGAGACAAACCAUAGAAAGGAGGAGGGACACUCUGUCCAUCAAGGAAGUACGGGAAGACGACAUUGGGAAUUACACAUGCGAAUUACAGUUUGGGAACUUUGUGGUGCGGAGGACGACCGAGCUGUCCGUCACGGCUCCCUUGACUGACAAGGCGCCAAAAAUCCUUUCCCCUUCGGAGGGCCAAAUGAGCGUCAUCGAGAUGGCAAUAGGAAGUCCUCUCAACCUGACGUGCAGAGCGUUCUUUGGAUACAGCGGAGACGUCAGUCCGCUCAUCUACUGGAUGAAGGGGGAGAAGUUCAUCGAGGAUCUGGACGAGGAGCGCGUUCAGGAGAGUGACAUAAAGACAAUCCGGGAGCACUUAGGGGAGCAGGAGGUGUCCAUCUCCCUGACCAUCGACUCUCUGGAGGAGAAUGACCUGGGCAACUACUCCUGCUACGUGGAGAACGGCAACGGGCGGAGACAGGCUAACAUCCAGCUCACCAAGAAAGCCGAGCUGUUGUACACGGUGGAGCUGGCCGGAGGUCUGGGAGCCAUCCUGAUGCUGCUCAUCUGUCUGGUGACGCUCUACAAGUGCUACAGAAUUGAGCUCAUGCUCUUCUACAGAAGCCACUUCGGCAGUGAGGAUAUAGACGGAGAUAACAAGGACUACGACGCCUACCUGUCCUACACCAAGGUGGACCCGGACCAGUGGAGCCAGGAGACCCGAGAGGAGGAGCGCUUUGCCCUGGAGAUCCUCCCCGACGUGCUGGAGAAGCAUUAUGGGUAUAAACUCUUCAUUCCAGACAGGGACUUGAUCCCCACAGGAAGUUUCACCAAUGAUCAUUUCCAGGAUGACACAAGACUACUUAGAGCCUACAUCGAGGACGUGGCGCGCUGCGUGGACCAGAGCAAGCGACUCAUCAUCGUCAUGACGCCCAGCUACGUGGUGCGGAGGGGGUGGAGCAUCUUUGAGCUGGAGACGAGGCUGCGCAACAUGCUGGUGACCGGCGAGAUCAAGGUCAUCCUGAUCGAGUGCGCCGAGCUGCGCGGCAUCAUGAACUACCAGGAGGUGGAGGCCCUCAAACACACCAUCAAGACGCUGACGGUCAUCAAGUGGCGCGGGCCGUCCAGCAACAAGCUCAACUCCAAGUUCUGGAAGCAGCUGCUCUACGAGAUGCCCUUCAAGCGCAUGGAGCCCCUGAGCAUCUCCCACGAGCAGGUGCUGGAUGUCAGCGAGCAGGGCCCCUUCGGCGAGCUGCAGACCGUCUCGGCCAUCUCCAUGGCGGCCGCCACCUCCACCGCCAUGGCGACGACGCACCCGGACUUGCGCUCCACCUUCCACAGCUCCUGCCACACUCAGAUGAGGCAGAAACACUAUUACCGUAGCUACGAGUACGACCUGCCGCCGGGCGGCACCCUCCCGCCGCUCGGCAGCCAGCACACCUACUGCAACAUCCCCAUGACGCUCAUCAACGGACAGCGGCCGCAGUCCAAGUCGCCGCGCCAGCAGAGCCUGGAGGAGGCCCACGGCAACAACGCCAUGCUGCCGCUGCUGCCCCGGGAGACCAGCAUAUCCAGCGUCAUCUGGUGACAAGAGGCGGAUGACGAGCCACCGGCGCCUGGAGCCUGAGCAGCGGAGAGGCGUCGGGCUCCUCGCUGCCGUGGAAUUCUGCAGCAGGAAACGGCGGGCGAGGGAAGAGGCGCUGGACUCGCUGAGGGCAGAGGAGGCGGCAGGUUUUUCUUCUUCUUUUGGUCCAAUAAGAGCUUUUAUUGAAUAUGAACAAGGAAAAAAAGAACCAAGGAGAACUGUUUUGUAUGCCUGUAUAAACAUUCACGUAACACAAGCCAACACCUAUGAUCAUUUACGCAGAAGGUUCAAGGGAUACAGGGUCCUGUACAUAUACGUUUUUCUAAUUCUUUGUAGCAUCAGUGUUUGGGACUUCUUAUGUUUUAUCAUCAGUCGGGUUCUUCUUUGUUUCCUUUUAGUUUCAGUUUGUACAAAAGUGAAGCGAUGGCCUGUGAGAUGUUUUGGAUAAAACCGUUAUAUCUUUAUCUUAAUUUGUUGGCUGGUGUAGUUUAUAAAGCUUUGGGGAUUCUUUCGGGGAGGGUGGGGUAAAAGUUGCAGCCUUCGGCAGAUGAGGACUGUUCGGUAUUGUAUUUCAGGGAGUUUCAGCUCCACCGGCUGCGUUAAAAGGGUUGAGAGUCUGGACUCACCCAGAAUAUGCAAAACAUGGAGUCCAGAGAGCAGAGAUGAGAUGGGUCCCAUCCGAACGCUUUGGUCUGGGAAGGAGGGGAUGAAGGAUAUGGUGCUAGGCUUCACAUCUCUAUGAUAACAUUUACUUUUAGAAAAAAAAAAUAACAGCCUUGCUAUUUACCUUAACAGAUGAUUAUAUCACCUAAAAUUAAUUGUGUGUAUUAUUUUAUGAACAAGAAAAGUCUAUUUUUGUAACUGAGGGAUAUUUGCUUAGAGAUGUUAUAACUGAAGUAUCAGAUAGAAGGAAUCGGGGAAACGUAACAUGAAAUAACAAUGUUUUGUUAUGUGGAACUGCACAGCUCACAAAAAUCGAUAGAUCAUUCACUAAAUGUCUUACCCUUAUAUUACAAGAGACAAGAAAACAGUUUGUUGGCUGUUUUCACCAUCAAAAAGACGAGCCUUGACAUUUCAGAACAGAACCGGCGUCGCGGCUCAGCAGGCUUUUUAUGUGUGUUGAUUUCACAACAAGGACGGUGUCAGCGUGGACGGAGGAGAGGGACGCCGCCACGCCGCCGAGGACCAAACGAGGCCGUCCAGGGCGAAACAAGUAUCCGUGUGAUUUGUGUGCCACUCCCCUUUGUCAGCUGGGUGGCGCUCAGGGUGUGGUUUCAUUUCAAAAUGAGUCUGAAAACAUCUGAAACGCCUGAUAAAAAUGUGACGUGACAUUUCAGAUGACUUAUAUAUUUUUGAUCCACUGACCAAUAAUUAGCCUUUCUGAAGGAAACCGUCCCAAAUAAGAUGAAAUGGAUGUUUAAGAGAGACAAGAUUCUAUUUAUGAAUUUAAAUUAAAUCCUGGAGUAUAUUUAACCAUAAAACAUAAAUGCUAAAAAGUUGGACCAAAGCAAGCUACAGUGAAGUCCCAAUUUCAUCCACAAAAUGCUUCCCCCGCGGUGGGUGUGAUGUCAUCCAACCAUACGAAUCAAGAGCUAUAUCCACGUGUCCACUCAGACCCGUGCACUCACUCCUUCUGCAGCUGUGCCGUAUUAUUUGUCAAGAAACUAACCACAUACUAAAAUACCUGCAGCAUCUCAUCACGUGGAGAUGUUUCAUUCAGUGCCAGAAAAUAUGCAAAAUAAGUGAUGAACUUGUAAACAAUGAAUGAGACGUAGUGUUUGGUCCCCCGACUCAUCUUCACAUGGAGACAUAAGACGCUCCGCAAAGGGCCGGUUUUGUUUUUCAUGUGCUGUAUGCGGACAAAUUUGCAUUGGAAGGAACAGUCCUUCAUUGGAGAUGUUUUAAUCGAUCCGUGGGUUAUUAGAGGCAGGCCUGUUUUUAUCCACCUCAAUCAGACCCCCGGUCCCUCCUAAUGAAGAGUAACAUAUGGAUUACGUUCAAAGGCAUCAUUCCUGAACAGAGGAGCUGGCGGUGCUGUGUGACAUGGCAUUGUGUAAAUAGAAUCAAGACAAUAACGGGAUUAAGAUGAAGACAAUCGAGCCAUAUUCAUGAAAGCGACGGUCGUCCAAGUCGGAGCACUAAUCCUCGCUGGAGGUUAGCCGGCGCUCCUGCUUUGGGAAACUCGCGCCAACACAAACAAGUUCGUGGGGGCCGAUACAUUUGUGUUUCGUGGGAAAUUGGAACAUUUGUGGCAACGUGGCAUUGACGAUAAAGAUGAUGAUGAUGAUGAUGAAUAACAAUGACAAUAUAUAGCACAGAAUUAUUCCAGGCACUUUCACGACUCUUGAGACGACGUCUCUCCUGUUUCUGAUUUAUUUUCUAUUCUGUAUCUGCAAUGUUCAUUAAAAGAGAUACUGUUAUUAUUAAUAAAACCACAUUUACGGUAA